UCGGGACACUGUAUACGCGAGAAGCCGUUGCUCAAUUUCCUUGAAAUUUGCAACACGUAUUUCAGCCAGGGCUUAGAGCAGUUCACCGGGUGGAGUGAAGAAGCUACAGGUCACUACUACCUACAUGCAGGUACGCAGUUCAGAGAGGCGGACGGUACAAGACAGAAUGAAAAUGCUGGCUCUGCUCACAGUAAUCGGCACAUUUUGUGUCACACAAGGUGCUUGUCUGAGUUAUGAAUUGGGUAAGACAUACAGCUACAGUUACGUGACUGAGAUCCACAUCAACGAGGCUGUGCCCACUGGCAGCGAUGUUGGCUUCAAGCUCUCUUCGACGGCAGAUCUUUCUGUCGUAUGGCAGAGCGGGUCUGAGCAAGUUGCCAAAUUGAGUCUGCGAGACAUAAGACUUUCCAGUAUCGCCGAGAGGGAGGAUGCGGAGAACACGUUCCUGUCUCCGCCCACAACUCUCACUGUUGCCUCCUCGCAACCUGUCUACUUCGUCUGGAGUGUGGGGAAGGUUGGCCAGAUUUAUGUCAGCGACAGCGAAUCGGAAGGCUCGGCUGACGUCAAGAGGGGCGUGAUUGGCCUGUUUCAAAUGCAGGAUGUCGAGGGGGAAAUAACAGAGGUGGAUGCAUCCGGAAAGUGCAUAGUCACUUACACCAAAGUCGGCAGCAAAAUUCUAAAGCUCAAAGAUCUCAACUCCUGCAUAACUGUCCAAUCAGGCGGGUUCUCACACCCUAAGAGUGCCUUUGGUAUCGACGUCCAAUCGGAAGCCUCAGUGUCUUGCGAUCUCUCCCAAGAUAAAAAAAUUAUCCAAUCAGCAGCGAGCUUUGAAAAGUGGAAGACAUUUGUGAAUAUCCAGUCUGAACUGUCCACAUCAGUGACCGCAAGUCAGAGCCUUGCUUUACAAAGCAGCGAUGGGGUUGCAGAAACUCUCCAAGGGUCGACAGCAGAGGGUGCCAUCACAGGUGCUGGGAACUUCCACAGGGCAUCUUGGUCAAGCGACAAAAUGGGCCAACAGUGUGGAGAAGGCUGUAGACCACUAUCAGAGGUAGUAGCUGAGGCUAGAGAUGGGCUAACGGAAGAAGCUGUCGCCAAGACGAAAUCUGCCAUGGCUUACCUGGACGUUCUCCAAGCUUUCCGAAACUCGGGCAAGAACACCAUCGUAGAGACACUCAAAGAUGUGGACAAUGCUCCCAUAGUAGCUCAGCUUUUUGAUGUGCUUGCGGCCACCCAGACACCGCCAGCUUGGGAAGCUAUAAAGGAGGUGGUGGACUUCACUAAUAGAGAGGCUGGUGAGAUAUUGGAGAGGUUCCUACUGACGAUGGCAUACAAUAAUCAUCCCACUGAAGAGCAGAUCUCUUGGCUGCUGGGUAUACUGAAAGAAGAGAAGGUGGACAAUAAAGAUGUCCAAGCAAUGAUGGCACUGACCGUAGCCAAGCUGGUCAACUCGUACUGCUACCUUGGGACUGAACAGUGCAACUCCAAGGCAGUAACCGAUGCAAUAGACUGGCUCUUGGCCGGCGUUACCACUGAAGAUCGCUUCCAGAAGAUCCUGUGUCUGAAUGCCUUGAAGAACGCCGUCCAGCCAAGUAGCAUUGAGGCCAUCCUGUCCGUGGCUGAGAACGAACCAGACAUGGACGUGGUGGAGGUUGCAUUGGAUGCACUCCUAAAAUUUGACACAGAGUACUUUACACCAAAGGUCAACAACAUCCUGAACAACAUCUUUCACGAGGGCAGCAAACAGUACUCCACCGUCACCCGGGCGCUGGCAGCCGACCUGUUGCUCCAAAAUCAACCCUCAGAGGCAGACGUCGUCAGCAUGGUCUUGUCACUGCGAGAGAGCUCUCAGGGGGAGAUGGCACUGUUCGUCCUGGAGAAAGUGCUCCAUUAUGCCAAGGGUUCAUCAGAGAAUAGCGACACAAUUCGAUCAGCACUAAGUGGCAUGCAGGUCCAGAAUUACUACACAAUGGCUCUUCCAGGGCAGUCCGUCGCCUUCAACAGCUUCUUUCUGGAGACUGACGACGUCUCCAUCAACUACGGAUUGGACCUUCAGAUGACUGCCAGCGGUCUUCUCCGGAAGAGCGACUUCCAUGUCGGUCUUGAUAUCAAGAACGAAUCAUUGCUGUUGCUAAAUGUUGGUGUCUUCUCUAGAGGCCUGGAGUAUUUCUUCGGCGAGGAGACGGGUGACACUGGUGAAGCCACAGCUGGCCUGAACAUCGAGUGUAUGGACAUGAAGCUACGUAUGCUGGUGUUCUUCACAGGCACCGGUGAGCUGAUGAGCAUGGCGUGGAACAUGGGGUCGUCCGACAGCCCCAUGCCCCACAUGCGGGUAAUUGGCUUGGUGCAGGACCACUCUCAGAAACUCGGCUUACAGUCAGGUUUCGGCGUGGACCUGAAUGUCCAGGGAAGCCUAUCUCUGGAUUUAGGCGGCAGCUUAGACUUCAGCUUGUGGGACCGCUCAUCGACCACGAUAGUCUCAACAGGUGGAUCAAUGGGCGUCAAAGGCUCCACCCGGAUCACCACUCCGUUUAUCACAACGGGUAUCGACUACACAGGCAGGGGCGCCACCAGGGUCAACUUUGUCACAUCGGUGCAGUUCUCUUCGCUACCGCCGCUGUCGUGCCUACAGCUCAUGAGCGAGCCUCUAAUUUAUAUAAAUGAAGUAACAAUGCAGGAGCAGCUAGCCAGGUCAGAGACCAAGUACCAGUCCUACCUGCGGAGGAGGUUCAAAGUUUUGGACCGGUCCUUCAAGCUCUUUGACCGGAACUCAGCACCAUGCCACGAGAUGUUCGGCAAGGAGGAAGAAGAGGAGGAAGAGGGAUGGUGGUAGAUUUAUUCGUCCGGCUUAUCUUUCACUUAGUCUCACUUCUGGAAAAUAUUCCUUUUCUAUUAGUGUUUUACCAGCACUCUGGUAGCUCUUUACUAAUAAAUUUUGUAAUAGAUUUUUCUGUUGUCCUUUAGAAAGUAGUGUGUGUCUCGGUUUUGAAUUGAAGUAUUGUGUAAAUUUAAUUGAACGCCAAAUCGUGCCUUGAAUGUAAUUAAUUGUAACUCAGUGUAUAACCUUAGAUGCUUAUUAUGUUGGAAAUGAAACUAUGCAAUCUUUGGGUAAGGGUUGCCUUGCUGGCUGCGAGAGAAUUUUGCAUUGUAACUUACGUCGCAGUUCCGACUAGUGUGGUGUCUGGCCAGAAAGUAAAGAUGGAAAAGGGUGUCCUUGAAAGUCAUAGAAACUCGGGGGAAAAAGAUGAUGAAAGUCGUGGAAAAUUCAUGGUAAUCAAGAUAAUGCAAGGGUUAAGUUUGGUGGGCCUCUUUUGUUGUGAUAAUGUAUAUCCUUGUGAGUCAGUAUUUGUGGCUGUGGCAGUCUGCCCAGCCCUGAGAAAUCCGUUCCCCAAAUGUGGCACAAGGGCACAGCAUGUGCAAGAUGAAUCCACCUGAAUUAGAAGCACUGCUGCAGUCACUGAAAGCCGAAAUGCCCGUCAAUUAGGCCAGCACCGUGACCGGCUCCUUCACUUGCCAAAAGCUAUAAAGUCACAUUAAGAUGGGUAAUAAAUUCUUGAAAAAGCUAAAUAAACUUGGAAAUUUAUUUCCAUAAUUUUUUUAAUUCUAACGGUGUAUAAACAAAUUAAAAAUAACAUAUCUUUUCCUACACUUUGUAUGUUCCUUUUAAAGUAAAAUCUAAAGGUAAAGAUAUUUUGAUAAAUUGUUUUUGAUAAUCGUCUGAAUUUUGAUACGAAAGGUUUUUUAUCUUUCCUCUAUUUCCAACUACUGUUUUGUAAUUUACUAUGUUAAUAAACCUUUCAAUGUUUGUUGUUAAAUGCGAACUCAUCAAAUUCAGCCGAUAAAGAUACAGAAAUUGUCUGUAUAUUUAUUUAAACAAAUUCAUUCACAUCAAAAACAUUAAUUCUAAACUUUAUCUGCGCAAUGCUAAGUGCUGUAGAUAUCUUUAUUCUUUGUUUUUGAAAACUCCAUGUUGUAUGGAAGCCUUUCAGAAAGACAUAUGCAAACAAUGCAAUUUUUUUUUAGAUUUGUAAGCCCAGUCUAUAGGCCUACGUGUAGGUACCUCAUGCUUUAAGUGUGCCCCCCGUUAGGACAAACUGAACAAUAAAAAUACAGUGCGGUGGAUUUGACCGA